AUGAGAAUAGCAACGUUCACAGUCAGCCAUUGGUAUCAGAUCGUGAUGGGUCGUUUAAAAGUUUGUUUCUUGACAAUUGUGAUGCUAGUCGCCUUGUUGAGCAGUUCUUGUGCAAACCCAGCACCUCGGAUAAAAACGGAAGUAAAAUCGGACAAAGACUCGGAUCACUACCAUGAACUGUUGUAUGGCGACGAGCGCUCUUACCAGAACCGUGUGCACAAUCCGCUCGAUCACAUCGUCAACCGUUUGAAGCGGUACUUCGUCUUCGGUGGAACUCUACAAGCAAUAGCCGAAUACACCGAGCUGCUGCGUGUCGGACUAGUGCAGGGUGGCGCCGUCCAGUACCAAGAUCGAAGCAGUGAGGUGCCUGGAACUCAUGCAGCACAUGUCAUUCGUGUGGGUGAGAUCAACUCAGAACUGUGGAAUACGAAUGAAACCCUGUUCAACGCGACACGGAACUACAUUGGCCACACACAGAACGUGAUCAUUGAUGCAAACAAAUUCUGGGGUAUCGGCGGUGAACUCGAUCGCUUUCAGUCGAGCAACUUGACAGUGCUCAACGGGAUCAAUUUUAGAUCGACGUUUACCGUUCAGUCACCGAAGGUUAAGACUUUGACGGAUUGGUUCAUGGCCGUCAUACGUCGCUAUCCAAUGCCAUGA